UGUGCCCCGGGAGCUACCAGCACCGACCCCCGAGCGACCGCAGGGCCAAAAGGGAGCUGAGUUCUGGAGGUGCGUGUGGGCCCCCGCCGGGAGCCGGAGACCAUGAACUAGUAGUUUUUCCCGUUUCUUCGCAUCUCGGGGAGCAGAGGACCCAUGACGGAAGCCAUGUCCGAGUUCCUGCUCCUGGGCCUGAUCGUGGGCCUGGUGCUGACCCUGCUGCUCACCCUGCUGGGUUUUGCCGUGUACUCAGGGCUGCUGGAAGAUGUGGUAGUGAGUGCAGGCUCUCCCCCGAUCCGGAACAUCACCCUGGCCUACAAGUUCCACGUGGGCUCCUACAAGGACUCAGGCCAGCUUUUCACGGAGAGCUGCAGCAUCUCUCCUCGCCUCAGCUCCAUCGGGGUCUACUAUGACAACCCUCACACGGUUCCUCCAGAGAAGUGCCGAUAUGCCGUGGGCAGUAUCUUAAGUGAGGGUGAGGAGUCGCCAUCUCCUGAACUCAUCCGCCUCUACCAGAAAUUUGGCUUCAAGAUCUUCUCCUUCCCGGCGCCCAGCCAUGUGGUGACAGCUGUCUUUCCCUACACCACAGCACUGUCCAUCCAUCUGGCUGUCCAUAGGGUCCACCCUGCCCUGGACACCUAUAUCAAGGAGCGGAAGCUCUGUGCCCAUCCCAGACUGGAGAUCUACCAGCAGGACCAGAUCCACUUUGUGUGCCCCCUGGCUCGACAGGGUGACUUCUAUGUGCCUGAGGUGAAAGAGACAGAACGCAAAAGCCGAGCAGCUGCUGAGGCUGAUGACACCCAAACUGAUGUCACAGGAGCUGACACGCUGAGCGACACCAGCUCUGUUAGUCCGGAGGCAGGACCAAGGAGCCGUGAGAACUCUGCCGCCACGUCCACCAUGUCCCCCGGUGCGGCUGGCCGCAGCUGGGAUGACCCAGACAAUCGGAGUGAGCACAGCUACAGCGAGUCAGGGGCUAGUGGUUCCUCCUUCGAAGAGCUCGACUUGGAGGGGGAAGGAGCUUCCGGUGACCGCUUCAGCCAUGAGGCCGAGCCUCCCGGGCCCAAGUGGGCCAAGGAGCCCAGCACCCCCGAGAAGGAUGAGGAGUAGCCACCCUCCUGGUCAAAGCCUCCACCUCUCAGCCCCCCUCUCUUGGGGCUUAAUCAAAGAGGAACUGAUCAGAUUCAUCCUUCCCCAUCUCGAGCCUGGCCUUGCUGGCCUGCCUCUUGCCCUUCUCCUCCAGGCCCGGCUCUAAGGGCCAGGGCCCAGUGCGGCCCUGGCUGACCCCGAGGGUCUGUGGAGCGGCUCCCUGCCGUCUCCUGACCAGGUUGGGGGUUUGUCUUACUUCCCCCCACCCCGAGCUCUUUGCUCUCUUCUCCCUCCCUGGCCUGUUCUUCCCAGCCAGCGGAGGGAGCCCAGGCUCUUCCCUCCCAUGGGCCCCUCCCUCACCAGUCUCUUUUUCAGACUUACAUUGGGACUUUUAGGAUCCAGAAUAAAGCAGAUGAUUUUCAUUUCA